AUGGAGAAGAGAGGUGCCAUCUUCUUCUUGUUCUCUAUUUUCUUUUGGUCUGAUACAUUCUUUCUCUCCUCAUGGACUUAUGUUAAUGCCUCUCUAUACAAUAUCUCUGCUGUCUUUGCAUUUGGGGACUCAACCCUUGACACCGGCAACAACGACAACCGUAACACGAUAUUUAAAGCCAAUCAUCCUCCAUACGGGCGUGAUUUACCCGGUCAUGUGCCCUCAGGCCGAUGUUCUAAUGGAAAGAUCAUGCCUGAUUUUGUGGUUUCCCUUUUAGGGAUUAAGGAUUUCCUACCAGCUUACUUAGAUCCUAAGGUGACUGACCUAGACCUUAUUACUGGUGUUAGCUUUGCAUCAGCUGGUUGUGGCUUGGAUAGCUUCAUGGGUCCCUUAUAUAAUUUCACAUAUAUGUCAACCCAAUUGGACUACUUCAAGGAAUGCCUAAAUCGGAUCAAGAAAAGAUUUGGUGCAACAAAUAUUGUUGAGAAUGCAUUGAUCAUCGUCGGCGCCGGAUCCGUCGACAUGUUCAACUACUACGACUUACAUGUUAGGGGAGUUCAAUAUUCAGUUUCAUCUUACCAUGAUCUCCUCCUUCAAAACCUUGACCCAAUCGUUCAACAUCUUUAUAAGAUGGGAGCAAGAAAGAUUGCGAUAUCUGGCCUCCCACCGAUUGGUUGUGUGCCAUUUCAAAGGCUACUCGGCGCCAUCCUACCAAUUCCGAAAUUGCCGAACUACGGUUGUGUGGAUCAACAGAACUAUGAUUCUCAGGCUUACAAUGCAAAGCUGCAAGACCUAAUCAGAAAGUGGAAAGCUUCACUUCCUGGGGCUAAAUUUGCUUAUGCAGAUAUAUAUGAUCCCUUGAUGAACAUAAUUCUCAACCCUAAUAAAUAUGGUUUUGAGGUAACGAAUAGAGGAUGCUGUGGCACUGGGUGGGUAGAAAUGGGUUAUACAUGCAUCUCUACAACACCAAUCUGCUCAGACGCUUCCAAGUAUCUGUUUUGGGAUGCCAUACACCCCACACAAGCUGGAAACCAGAUGAUUGCCAAUUCGCUUAAAGAAACUGUGCUUCCACAACUCAUCAAUUAGAUUUUUCAAUUAUUAUAAUUGA